AUGAAAUAAAAUUGUAAACAUAUGAUGACAAAUUUAAGAAUGCACAAACAUUACUUAAUGUUUUCUGUAGUGCAGGUAUUGCUCUCAAUUAUGAUAUUAGUGUAUGUAUGAACUUUUUACAUUUAGAUAAUAAUUGAUCCAGAAUAAAAGUAAGCUAUAUAAUAAAUAAUUAAGUCUUAAGGAGAAUAUGGUAAUAGAAGUAGAGAUAAUAUUGACAUUAGCAAUAAUGAUAGAUAUAUGUAUAAGAAUAAUUGCAGAAAGAGAAGUAAUCUUAAAAUUUUAUAUAUAAUCUUAGUAUUUCUUUAAGGAUAAUUGGAAUAUAAUUGAUUUGAUAGCAUUCCUCUUGAUAUUAAUAUUAAUAAGUCUUUAUUACGUGUUUGAAUUGCAUUCGUAAUUCUUUGUAUUAUAAUUGUAUAUAGAUAAAUUAAAACAAACAUUAUUGAAGUUGAUGAUUCAAUUGGUUUAAUUUUAAUAUUUUUACGUUACUUCAUACAAAUAACUAGAAUUAUCAUUGCAAUUAAGCAGUAUUUAUAAUAUAUAUCUUAUUUCAGAUCUCAUAAAGUAACACAAAUGGGUAAUGUCGAUAUCAUUAAAUUUGAACCUAUUGAUUUAGAUAACUCUAAACAUCAAGCAAGUGUUUACAUUGAUGAUCAUAAUGAAUCAUAUUCAUUUAUUUGAUUAUUCUAUAUUUAUAAAUUAUAUGUAAAUUUAUAAACCCUCUAUCUCAAUCUCUGGAUUUAGACCAUAACCUACUGAAUAUUAUCAUAGAAUACAAUCUGCAAAAACAGCAAAUACUAUUCAUAGCAAUAGAACCAUUCCAUAAUAAACUAUUUCAUCUAAUCGUAGUCAAACUAGAAUUACAACUGCAAAACCUAUUAGAUCAUUUAUCAUCAAUAAAAUUAUCAAAUCUAAACCUAUUGAAGAUGAAAAUUUCGAUGAAAUUAUCAAAACUUCUCAUGAUUAAGAUCUAUUUAGUAAAUAUUUAAUUUUAAAUUAGAAUUUAAACAUAAAUGCAAUGCACCUUAACAUUUAAGAAUGGAAUAAAUAUAUAGAUUUAUUUAUGAUAAAAAGUCAAGCAAUAAACAAAAAUAUUCUAUGCAAAGUAAAAUAAAUUAAUAAGCAUUGCCUGUGGCUAGUGGCUCUAUUAGUAUUAUGUUAAAUGUUGCUAGAAAAGAUUAUGGAUUUAAUUUAUAAUCAUUUAAAAAAAAGAUAGCUCCAAAAUCUAAAUUUAAAAUGAAAUGGAAAACUAUUUAAUGGUUAUUAAAAAAUAGAAAAGAUGCUAUUAGAUAAAUAUUUACAAAUUAUUAAUCCAUUGUAAAAUAAGCAAAAGACUUUCCUGAUGGAUUAAAUAGAGAAUAAUUUUCAGGAUUACUUAUUUCAUUUGGAUUGGGAGCAGAUAAGAAUCUAGCAGAAAAAUUAUUUUAUGUAUUUGAUGAAGAUUCUAGUGGUACUGUUGAUUAUAAAGAACUAAUAGUAGGUUUAGAAGUUUUGAAAGAUGAUACAAUUGAUGAAAAAUUAAAAAGUAAUUUAUCUUUAACUUAAAUAGAAUAGUCUUUUUUGAUUUAUGUGAUGAAGAUGGAUCAGGUAAAGUAAGUGAAAAAGAAAUAUUUAAUAUUUUGAAGUAAAAUAUCAUAAAUGAAAAUGAUAAAUAUUAACUAAAAAUGGUCAUUAAAGAAAUGAUCAAAUAAGUUGAUUUAGAUGGAGAUGGUGAAUUAAAUAAAGAAGAAAUUCUAUUGGCAGCAACCAAAAAUCCUAUUCUACGUAGAUUACUUGAAUAAACCAUAUCUAAUGUAAGAAGAAUUGAUGCCAUUAUAUAAAAUGAUUUAGAAGAACCAUUUCAUUAAUUUGUACCUUCUUCAGCUAAUUUCAUAUAAUAAAAAGAAGGUAUACAUUUUGCUACUCAAUAAAAAUUAAUUGAUGCUUUAGAAGAUAUGGAUAAAGUAUUAAAUCUUUUAUUUAUUUCUAGAUUAAUGAAAAGGGUAAGAAAAUUAAAGAAUACACAAAAUCUGAUAAUUAAAUGGGACUUACUACUUAUUAAGGAUUGUAAGAGAUAAAAUUUCUUGAUGACUCUUAAUUUGAUUGA